GCAGAUGGGGUAAAGUUGUCUUACCUGCUUAAAGGCGCCGCCGGGGCAAACUCAAGCAGCUUGCACGGAUAAGUAAAACAACUAUUUAAGCUUUGUAAAGACAGCGAAACAGAAGGAAUAAGAGUAAAAGUAAAGGAGUUAGGAUGAGCGCAGACAAUCAGGGAACGAAUUGAUGUCGCUACGAGGAAUCAGAGCGUGUUCGUUGCUCAAGAAGCGGAAACAACAAACAACAACAACAACAACAGAGGAACUGACAAAUGGCUUUAAUUCCGUGCAGUAAUAGCAGCAUGCCUUGGUUUAGGACGUGCGUAAAAAUGCUCCAAUUUGGAAUGACACCCAAACAUUGUCAAGUUUUCCAUGUGUCGGAACAACCUUUGUGUGAUGUAUCACCUCGCUCCUAACUCGCUCAGCUGCGCCAAAGGAUUCAACUUGGACCCGAGUCACGAUGUCCAAAGUCAUCCAAAAGAAGAACCACUGGAUCCUUAAAGUGAACGAGUGCGUAAUUGUGCGGGACGCGUGCGGGGAGUUGAACGUGGAGCUUCUCGGUGGAGCUGAACAUGGACAGUUCGCUUAUAUAGGAAACAUACGAGAGAAUGCCGUCCUUUACCAGGACGGUAAACUCAGUCAGGGGGAGCUUAUACUGGAGGUUGAGGGACUGCCUGUGUCCGGAUUACCCCUCUAUGACAUUUUAACUGUGAUUACAUGCAGCCAAGGACCCAUCAUCUUAAAGACUGUGCGUCAAGGCAAUAAGCUGAACAAAGAUCUUAAACACUACCUUAGUCUGAGGUUCCAAAAGGCGUCUCCGGACCACAACCUGCAAAAGACCAUCCGAGCUAAUCUGUAUCGCCAUGCUGUGCCUUGUACCACACGUGCCCCCCGAAGAGGAGAGGUGCCAGGGGUGGAUUACAACUUCCUGUCUGUGGAGGAGUUUCUAGAACUUGAAAAGAGUGGCACACUACUCGAAAUUGGAACGUAUGAGGGUAACUAUUAUGGGACCCCCAAGCCGCCGAGGCAGCCCAUCAUUGGGACAGUGAUUCUCGGAGAUGCAGGCUCCCAGCAGUCCACCCCGAAGCGCACCAAGUCCUACAAUGACAUGCAAAGCGUCCGAGUAGUGCCUGCUGACGACGACGAUGACGACCAGGCCUCGGAAAUGAACAACACUUUUACAGGAUCCUUAGUGCGUAGUCUCUUCCCCUCUCCUUUGUUGUGUGCAGGUAACCCUAGCGACCAGGAUGAGAGCCGCGGCGGCAUCCUCCGGCCAUACACCGCACGUGACAAUGCUCCUCCCUGUGGUCUGAACAAUGCGGCCAUCGCCACUGCAGAAAGUGGGCAGCAGACCCUGGCAGAGCCGCAAGUUUCCCCGGAAGAUGCUCUGGGGCCGUUGCCUGAAAACUGGGAGAUGGCGUACACUGAGAAUGGAGAACUUUACUUCAUAGACACAACAAAGGCACACCACCAGGACAUGGCUGUGCAUUUAAAGAGCUUCCACAACACAAAGACCACAUCAUGGUUGGAUCCUCGGUGUAGAGACAAAGCCUCUCGGCCUCUGGAAGAGUGUGACGAUGAUGAAGAGAGGAUACAUACAGAAGACCUGGAGAGUGAUCUAGAGCUGCCACCAGGAUGGGAGAGGAUAGACGACCCGGUGUAUGGCAUUUACUAUGUCGAUCAUAUAAACAGGAAGACACAGUAUGAGAACCCGGUGGUGGAGGCGCGGCGUCGGAAAAUCCUGCACGACCAGCAGCUGCCGCAGCCUCCAGAAGGUGAGCGGUUCAUUCGAGAGUGGAUUGAGGAGCACUCCUCAGCAGCAGCACCAUUGGUAAACUUCGGUGCAAACCACCUGGAGACCUACAGGGACCCCCAAGUCCCACAAACUCUACCUCCAGCCCCAGCAGGAGCCAAACGAGGGAAGCCGUUCUUCACCAGAAACCCUGCAGAACUGAAAGGAAUCUUCAUCAACACCAAGUUGAAGAAGAGCCGCCGUGGCUUCGGUUUCACGGUGGUCGGAGGAGACGAGCCGGAUGAGUUUCUGCAAAUAAAAAGUUUGGUGCUGGACGGGCCUGCAGCUGUGGAUGGCAAGAUGGAGACAGGUGAUGUCAUCGUAAGUGUGAACGACACCAUUGUGCUGGGUUACACCCACGCUCAGGUGGUGAAGAUCUUCCAAUCCAUCCCUAUUGGCUCCAUGGUGGACUUGGCCUUAUGUCGUGGCUACCCCCUGCCCUUUGACCCAGAUGACCCUAAUACAAGUCUGGUUACAUCGGUGGCCAUCUUGGACAAGGAGCCUAUUAUUGUCAACGGACAGGAAACAUUUGACUCGCAAUCCAACCAGGGUGGACCACUUAACAGCAUGAGGGAAUCUCGAGCGCACAGCCCCUCUGCCGAGAUGGUUUCCAAAAGUCUGCACGGCUACGCCAGCGAUGUGGUCACCCUGGCCUCGUCUAUAGCCACCCAGCCUGAGUUGAUCACCAUACACAUGGAGAAGGGAGAUAAAGGAUUUGGGUUCACUAUCGCAGACAGCCUGACAGGAGGGGGGCAGAGGGUCAAGCAGAUUGUGGACUACCCCCGCUGUCGGGGCCUCAAGGAGGGGGACAUUCUGAUGGAGGUUAACAAGAGAAACGUCCAGAACAUGAGCCACAAUCAGGUGGUGGACUUACUGAGCAAAUGCCCCCGAGGAAGUGAGGUCACAAUGCUGGUGCAAAGAGGAGUGGUGCCAGCCAAGAGGAGUCCGAAGCUGGUGCACCAGUUGGAGAGAAAAGACAGCCAGAGCAGCUCCCAGCACAGCGUGUGCAGCCAUCGCAGUGCUCACACGGACUCUCCCAGCCACCCUCCUGCCAUGCCCAGUGAGGUUGUGGUGCCCACUUCUGCCCCACCCACCCAGCCACUGCCUGGCCUGCCCCCUCAGGACCCUGCAGAUGGCACACUCACCUUGCAGAAGAAGCCGGACCCUUUUAAGAUCUGGGCGCAGUCAAGGAGCAUGUACGAGAGCAGACUGCCAGAUAGUCAGGAGCAGGACAUUUUCCUUUGGCGAAAGGACACAGGUUUCGGUUUCCGUAUUCUUGGAGGAAAUGAACCUGGGGAGCCUAUCUACAUAGGUCACAUUGUGAAGUAUGGUGCAGCAGAUGAAGAUGGACGUCUGCGUUCAGGGGAUGAGCUAAUCUGUGUCGAUGGCACGGCGGUGGUAGGCAAGUCUCACCAGUUGGUAGUGCAGCUGAUGCAGCAGGCCGCCAAACAGGGCCACGUCAACCUCACUGUCAGACGCAAGACUACUGGAUACGGAGUCUCAAAGGGGGAAGGUGACGUUCCUCCAUCGCCAGCCUCCUCCCACCACAGCAGCACCCAAGCACCAAGCUUGACUGAGGGUAAGCGGACCCCACAGGGUAGCCAGAACUCUCUCAACACUGUCAGUUCAGGCAGCGGCUCCACCAGUGGCAUUGGCAGUGGCGGAGGAGGUGGCAGCGGGAGCACUGUUGUUCCUGCCUCCCUUCAGCCGUACGACGUGGAAAUCCAACGUGGAGAGAACGAGGGCUUCGGUUUUGUCAUUGUGUCCUCUGUUUCCAGGCCUGAUGCUGGCACUACAUUUGCUGGAAAUGCUUGUGUGGCCAUGCCCCACAAAAUAGGGCGCAUCAUCGAGGGCAGCCCGGCAGAUCGUUGCGGGAAGCUUAAAGUCGGUGAUCGGAUAUUGGCUGUCAACAACUGCUCCAUCACCAACAAGUCCCACUCGGACAUCGUCAACCUGAUUAAGGAAGCCGGGAACACGGUCUCGCUCAGGAUCAUCCCCGGUGAUGAGUCUUCCAAUGCUUCCCUGCUGACUAAUGCUGAGAAGAUAGCUACCAUCACCACCACACACACUCCUCAACAGUCCAAAGAAUCCCGGAAUAAUUCAAAGUCGAAAGGAGUUCCGCCGCCGCUACCUACACAAACUCAAACACCACAGGACAAUGAGUUCUACUCGGUGGACCUAGAACGUGACAGCAAAGGUUUUGGUUUCAGCCUCAGAGGAGGGCGAGAGUACAAUAUGGACCUGUAUGUGUUGAGGCUUGCCGAGGACGGUGCUGCUGUCAGGAAUGGCAAGAUGAGGGUGGGAGAUGAGAUCUUGGAGAUUAACGGCGAGAGCACAAAGAACAUGAAGCAUUCACGUGCCAUCGAGCUAAUCAAGAAUGGCGGUCGGCGAGCACAUCUUGUCCUGAAACGUGGGGAUGGAUCUGUACCUGAGUAUGACGGCAGCAAUGACGGGUACACUCCCACACCCGGGACACAAAACACUUCGGAAAUGAGAACGCUGCCACCCUACAGCAGAUAUCACACCUCAUUGGAGUCCAGUUAUCCACCAGACCUUCACACACCAUCAUGCCACGAGGAGGCUGGACGUGGCCGAGAAAGGGACAGGAACAGGGUUGGGUCAGAUCAGAUGGACUAUCAAGGCCGAUUGUUCAACCCCCACCAUCACCACACUUGGAACAACAAUCACAGUCAAAGUAACCCCAGGCAGCCGUCUCCUAACAACAGCAACGGUAGCAGCGGCAACAAGAAGAGCAGAGGCCGCAAGGUCAAAAAGUCAGAGUCAGAAAGCGGAAUCUCGAAACUUCUAAAGACUCUGAGAAAGGACAGUUCAGGGAAGAGGGCUGCAGCUGCACAAAAACUCAGGGGCCAAGGACUCUCAAACAGCAGCUCUACUUUGGACAGGAGGUCUCGCACACAGCGUCGCGGCUCCCUUGAUCGCUCGCCAACCCCAAAGCGAACCUCCUCCCCUGAUCGCAGGCGGGCCAAGUCGAUGGAUCGCAGGGCAGAGCGAGCGCAACGGGAUCGUACACCUGAGAGGGAGUAUGACGAUGGAGGGUUCCUCACGGUCACCCCUGAGCGCAAAUUCCACGAGCGCAGGCAGCUCCUCAAAGACUCGCCGAUGAGCGGGCGAGUCGGGGAGGCCUUCACCCCUGAGCGUUCCAACAACAACGGAGAUUCAUCGUCGCUUUCCAGAGGCCGCACGCAAGACAGAACCACAAAGAACGGCAACCUGUUGAAAGACUCUUCCUCCGAGCGGUAUCUGACGAAUGGAACACUGGAGAAACCGUACAGAGCGGAGCGGGACUCUUCCCCUGACAGUAACUACAGCCGGGAGGAGCAGAACUAUGCAGCAGCACCCAGAAUAAAGGACUAUUAUAGCAUGAUGAAGAACAAUGCUGCACACAACAAUGCUGCAUACAACAACACGGGCCAGAACAAUAACACAGUUGGCCGACGCUCAAACCAGCUCCCUGAGCCCAAGAGAAGCCUGUACAAGGAAAGCCCCAAAGACCUCAGCAUCUAGAGCGGAGUGGACGCUCCCCUUUAUGUGUACUAUACACUGGAACUGGACCACCAGAGUCAGCCGGUUUAUUGAUAGACUUCACUUGUUGUGAUCCCAUGCAGAGAUUCCUUCAACAGCAGGAGUACAAUCCCAUCAGCUCACAUUGGUUGUUUUGUCAUCGUUACGUUGCUCAUAACAGGUUGUUGUACUAUAGUAGAAGUAUUGUAUGUGCCUGCAUAUGAAAUCGGUAAUAUUGCUUUUUGUCUGCAUUGCUGAAUCUAAAUGUUUUGUUCCCUUCUGAGAUAUGAAACAGGCUUCCAGUUGUGCGUUUUUAAAGGUAUUUUAUUUUAAGGAACAAAUGAUAGCACAAUUCACCGAUGGCUUACAAGAACUGUGAAAAUCACAUAGGUUAAUUUUCAAAGUGCAGAUUUUUAAGAAUAAUUUAUUUAUGGCUGUCUUUAUUUAAUUUGGUACCCAUCUUGAGUGAGCUUGGUUAAAUCCUAGAUAAAUGUCGGGAAAGCAUGCUUAUCUAACAUUGUGUUACUUCUUUAAAAUGUGUUAUCCCUCUAAAAACACCCCAUUUUCCAAAAUCGAGAAGUUCCUGUAGGAGAUGUAAAAAUAAAUGAUAAUGGUGAUAUACCUUUAGCUUGGAUGGACCCAAGCUAAAACUAUCAGUCAGAAGGAAAAAGAAUAGAUUCAAGAUCCAGUGGAAGAUGCAUGCAUAAAUUAAUGUUGAGUUGUGUGACUUCACAUUAGAUUGGUUACAACUAAUAGGCACCGUGCACUGUUACCUUUUUGAAUUUGUUGCUUCCACCUCUACCCUAUUGAUUGCGUAUUCUACUCUCACAAAAAAUACAACAUCUUGAGUGUAUUGUCAGUUUUGGCCAUCGCGAGCGGCAAUGCAGGUAACCCCCAGAAAACACUUUUAGUUGCUAUUACUUUUUAGCAAUCAUAGCAUAAUUCCUAAAUAAAAGUAAUUCAAGGAACAUUAGAAUACAUUAGUCGAUUUCUAGAAAUUACAAUGCAUCCCAGUAUAGUCUCGAAGACAACCAAUCUGCCAUGCUGAGCCACGCUGUCCCCCCACUUGAGUCUGGCUGUUGCUUUACAACGUGUUUUGUUCAUAUUCUGUUUGUUUCACUUUCAUUUAAACAAGUAAAAAAGUGUCCGAAAAAUCAGAACAAAUAUAUUACUUGACCACCGUUGUCCACCGUGGUACUGAUUUGAAGUGGGAAAAAAAACUCAUUUUUGAUGCUCACCUGUUGGCCAUCACAUGUAAAGAUGUUUCCUAUGUGAUUAUUAGGAAAAACACAGAAAUGUUGCCUUUUUAAUGUACAAAAGAGAAAUUUACGACAAACCUCAGCAAUGAGGGAUGUGAUAUUGUGUUUGUAUCUUUGAAAUGGACCUGAUGAUUUAUGGGAACUGUGUUGACUUACUCUGGAUCAGGUAUGUAAAGAUUUUUUUCGAAUGAAAGACUGUACUUGGUCAAUCAGAAUCUGUUUGUCCGUUUGAAUUUCUCGAUGGUUAGCCUGCCUUUGUAUUAUAAAGCACUUGUUUGCAGUCUGUGUUCUUCAAGCAUUAUUUCUUGCAAUAUGCUGCGGACAUAAUGCUGUGUAUGUGUUGAUAAGAGCAGUACUUGUAUAUGGGACAUUUUUUUUAUAUAAAACUAUGCAUAUAUAAAUAUUACAUUGUCCAUAGCUUUAUUUGACCCAUGAAGCUAUACAUAACAUUAGUCUAAGUACAAGUAGAUGUGGACUUAUCCAGCUUCUUUCCAUGAGAUGGAUUACAAUGUAUAUGUAGCUAUCAAAAUAAGUCUGUGAAUGCUAUUUUUAUUAUCAAAAUAAAGUUUUCCAUACAAAAUCAGAA